UCUGGCAACCAGGGGCAUGCAGAACAGGCACAUUUGCCGAAACAUGACCGUGGUUGGCGUCGAAUCAUUCGCAACUUUACACCCGCGCAGCUUCUUACUCUUCCGGAACAUAGUUGGUUUUCAGUCAACAUGGGAACAGGCAUUGUUUCCAUUCUCUUGAACACGCUACCGUACAAUGCCCGAUGGUUAUACUACCUCUCAAUCAUCGUCUUCGUGUUGAACGUGGUUCUGUUCACGAUGAUACUUGCGACCACUCUGCUUCGAUAUGUGCUCUACCCGGAAAUUUUCAGAGUUAUGCUCAAUCACCCAGUACAAUCCCUGUUCCUCGGAACAUUUCCAAUGGGUCUUGCGACACUGAUAAACAUGUUUUGCUUCGUCUGUGUUCCAUCAUGGGGAACAGGGGCUGCCUAUUUCAUCUGGGCCAUCUGGAUAUUCGACGCGGUGGUCUCAAUUCUUGUUGCAAUUGGAAUUCCAUUCCUCCUGACGACAAACAAAAGCUCCUCAGACCUCUCAUCUAUGACCGCAGCAGUGCUUCUUCCAAUAGUUUCAUGUGUCGUCGCGGCUGCUUCUGGUGCUAUUGUCGCCGAGGUCUUGCCAAAUGCGCAGCUGGCAUUGGCUACCAUUUUGGCUAGCUACGUCCUCUGGGGAAUCGGUGUCCCUUUUGCAUUCAUGGUCAUUUGCGUCUACCUGCAACGCCUCAUUUUCCACAAACUACCACCCAAAGCCAUGCUCGUCAGUGUCUUUCUGCCCCUCGGGCCUUUGGGUCAGGGCGGGUUUGGGAUUCAACGACUCGGCAAGGUCUCCCAGAAGGUCUUCCCACAAACCAACACCUUUGGCCCCAAUACUGGCGAUAUCUUCUACAGCGUGGGCUCCAUGAUCGGACUUUUGAUGUGGGCAUUCGGUCUCGUGUGGCUCACUUUCGCCAUUGCCACCUUACUGGUCACGAAAAAGUUCCCCUUCAACAUGGGCUGGUGGGCACUGACUUUCCCACUGGGCGUCUUCACGACUUGCACGUGUACCCUUGGGCGCGAUCUGCCGUCGCAAUUCUUCUCCGUUCUUGGCACGAUAUUUUCAGUCGCUGUUGCCCUAUUGUGGCUGCUGGUCAGCUUUCACACAGUGAAAGGUGUUGUCCGCGGCGAUAUCUUCGUUGCUCCGUGUCUCAAGGAUCUUCGAGUCAGCGAGCCUCACACCGGCGAAAAAGCGUGA